CAACUAUCUCUUCAGAUGAAGUGUUACUACACUCAAACACAAUGCGAUUCCUUCUCUGCAAGACAAGUGUUGAGAACUUAGAACAGUCGCUCACCGCAACUACACAUUACUACAGAACCUAAAAACAAUGACAGCAACAUUAAAGCGUUUCAACUACUUGUCUUUCAUUAACUCUCCUCUGCUCCACAACUCCAAUCGUCAUCGUCUUCCUCGAUUCUUCCAGCCACCUAACCAUCUCUUCUCUUCACAGUGUGGUUCACUCAUGGAAGUGUUUAAAGCAGCUUUUUCGGAAGGGUCUAAUGCCUCUGAUAGGAUAGCUAUUAAAGCCGAUGGAAAGAGUUACUCUUAUAGCCAGCUUACAUCUUCUGCCUUUACAAUCUCUAAGUUGUUCCACAAGGAAGAUACUAAAAAUGGAGGUGAAAGUAGGAGGUGUGAUGGGUUUGGUAGUCUACAAGGAGCUAGAGUUGGAAUUGUGGCGAAACCAUCAGCUGAGUUUGUUGCAGGAGUACUUGGGACUUGGUUUAGUGGUGGCGUGGCAGUUCCACUUGCACUCAGCUAUCCAGAGGCUGAACUCUUAUAUGUCAUGAAUAAUUCGGAUAUAUCUGUGUUAUUGAGCACGGAGGACCACAGUGAAACUAUGAAAACUAUAGCAGCAAAGAGUGACGCUAGAUUUCAUCUGAUUCCCCCUGUUGUUAACUCAACUUCGGAAACUAUUACUCACAAUCAGUUUCAAGAUGACAGCUUUGAAGGAGAAGAUAAACUUCUAGAUGAUCCAGCAUUGAUCGUGUACACUAGUGGUACAACUGGUAAACCAAAAGGAGUUGUCCAUACCCACAAAAGCAUCAACUCCCAGGUUAUAAUGCUAACUGAAGCUUGGGAGUACACAUCUGCUGAUCACUUUCUCCACUGCCUCCCACUACAUCAUGUUCAUGGUCUUUUCAAUGCUUUGUUUGCCCCUCUUUACGCCCGGUCUUCGGUUGAGUUUUUGCCCAAGUUUAGUGUUAGUGGAAUCUGGCGCAGAUGGCGUGAAUCAUAUCCGUUGAAUGAUGAGAAAACCAACGACGCCAUAACUGUAUUCACUGGAGUUCCAACCAUGUAUACUCGGUUGAUACAAGGUUAUGAAGCAAUGGAUCAAGAAACGAGAGAGUCUAGCGCUUUUGCUGCGCAGAAGCUUCGCCUAAUGAUGUCUGGCUCCUCUGCUCUUCCUAGGCCGGUCUUGCAUCAGUGGGAAAGUAUCACCGGUCAUCGUCUUUUGGAACGAUAUGGCAUGACUGAGUUUGUAAUGGCAAUAUCAAACCCCUUACGUGGUGCACGGAAGGCAGGUACCGUCGGUAAACCACUUCCCGGUGUUGAGGCUAAGAUUGAACAAGAUGAAAACGAUACGGAUGGAGUGGGUGAGAUCUGUAUAAAGAGCCCAUCUUUGUUCAAGGAGUACUGGAAUCUUCCACAAGUUACUAAAGAAUCAUUCACGGAAGAUGGAUACUUCAAGACCGGGGAUGCUGGUCGAGUUGAUGAGGAUGGACAUUACGUGAUUCUCGGACGUACUAGCGCUGAUAUUAUGAAGGUUGGAGGUUACAAGUUGUCUGCUUUAGAAAUCGAAUCAACCCUACUCGAGCACCCAACGGUUGCAGAGUGUUGCGUGUUGGGGUUGCCAGACAAAGACUAUGGGGAAGCGGUUACAGCGAUAAUUGUAGCAGAGACUGGAGCAAAGAGGAAAAGAGAAGAAGAGUCAAAACCUGUGAUGACCUUAGAAGAACUCUGCGGUUGGGCUAAAGACAAACUUGCUCCUUACAAGCUACCAACCCGUUUGCUGAUAUGGGAGAGCUUGCCUCGCAACGCCAUGGGAAAGGUGAACAAAAAAGAGCUAAAGAAAUCUCUGGAUCAUCAGGAGUAGAUUCUCAGACAAACAUGGAUCUCUUUAUCUGCUUCUUUGUUCUUUGAUUGUAAUACACAUUUGCAUUAAAUUAAUAUAUAUAUCCUUUAUAUAUUAUGUUGUUGACUUAAACAAGGUCAGGGAAUCAAGACCAAACUAUUUGGAAAUAAAUCUUAAUUUAUUUAUUUA